AUGGCGGACAACGAGUACACCCUUAUUUCGCAGGUCUCUGCCACAGAAAACUGCAAAACUAUGCUGGUUCAACAUAAUGGCACCGGGAAUUAUGCCUUUAAGUACUUUUAUACCUCCUGGCCUGUUCCGAAUGCGCGCCUCAGGAGUUGCAUGGACGCUUACCUGCAACUUACAUGUCCACAUAUUAUUCGCCUCCAGACAUACUCCAUAGAUACAGCCUUCACCCUUGUCACAGACAUGACCAAUGGGCCGAGCUUGCGUUCUCUCAUUAUUAAGCGUCGGAUUGCCCAGCAAUGGUUUACUUCAGUAGAGAUUUGGCUGCUUAUUACUCAACUGUUAGAAGGGGUUAAAGCCUACCAGAGCUUUUAUGCUCGUGUAGGCGCAGCCGCUGAUACGCCGCCCAAUCUUUUUCUUUCCCCGUUCUUCAUUCUUAUAAGUGAUGAAGAGCGGAUGAAGCUUCAGAUUACAGAGUUCUAUCAGACCCUCUUACUUCCCAGUGUCCAACGGCUUUAUGCCACGUCGGGUGUUGCGCCCCCAGAGGUUUCAAAGCACCUGCCCAUCAGUGCUUCUGCAGACAUAUGGAUGAUCGGUGCAAUUCUUUAUGAACUACUGACUUUACAACAAUUGGAUCUAGAUCGAUUGAUUGAGCUGAACAGUGAUGUGGUCACACUGGCCAAAAUUGAUAAUCUGUAUCCAAUAGAUUAUGAGCCCUUGGAGCCAUACCAAUCUGUAGCAGUAUAUAGUUUUCUUGAUCAUGGAAAAGCUUUUCGUUACAGAGAGCUCUAUUCACUGCUCUCAUGCAUGCUCAUCAUAAACCCCGAUAAAAGGCCGCCUGUAGAGCUCCUUUUAGAUUACGCUCUAUUGCACACUCCGGCUCUUGUGCAACCAGGAUCACCAGGGUCUUCCCUUUCAAGGCCAGAAGAUGGACAUGUGCCAAGAGAAAAAGGAGGCAACGAUGCAGCUAUCCAGAGUUCUAUAAUAGUCGGGUCUGAUGCUCCAGAUGCCACUCUACAAAAUACUCUUCUUGUUGGCGUGAAAACGGAGUUGCACAAGGCCGUCGAAGAAAACAAUCUUGACAAAUUGUUUAUGAACCUCCAGUUUGCACGAUCUACCGACAUAGACGGAAACACCGCUCUUGUAUAUGCCAUAAAGGCUAACAAUGAAGAUGCAGUGAAGAUCUUGGCACAGGAGGAAAUCGGCGUUCUCACAGGAGAGGGAUAUUCUCCUCUUCACUUAGCUCUGCUUCUCAAUCACAUACAGCUAGCGAAGUAUCUAGACGCCUCCUACGAUCUGCAGUUUCUUCAUGGGGUGGAGCUAUGGGUUGAUGAGCAUGGGGUUAGUAACCUAAUGCGCUGCGUUUGCGAGCGGAAUCUCGUUGGGGUAUACUAUUAUUCAGAUAAGCAACAGAAGUUGCAAGAUUAUGACGGCAAGACUGCUCUGAUUAAGGCUGUGUUGAAUUAUAAUGAAGGACUCCCUGCCGGCCAGGAAGACGUCAAUCUGGCAAUUAUAAGGCUCUUGCGAUUGCACGAGGCAAGAAUACAGGAUAAGCGAGGGCGCACAGCACUAAUGUACGCUGCAGAGUGUGGGUAUCUAGCGGCCAUUGACGUCCUCUCCGGCUCUGAGGCGGGAAUGCGCGACAACGAGGGUCACAACUCCCUUGAAAUGGCGUUCUCCAACAGAAAACUCGAGGCUGCACGGCGGAUGCUUCUAUUGGAGCCGGUUCCCCAUUCGUGCCCCGACCGCCAGGGACUCACAGACCUAAUGAAGGCAUGCAUUGAGGAAGAUGCUUUUUCGCUUUUCUGCCAUAUGACGCAGACCAGAGCCACAGAUAUUAAUGGUAAUACAGCCCUCAUGCACUGCGUUAUUCACGACCGUCCAGAAUUUAUACCGGAACUCUCUGAAGAGUAUAGAAUGAUUAACAGAAUCACAGGGCAUAGCGCUAUGAUGCUAGCAGUCCAGCUGGAGAGGCGUGCAUGCUUUGAGGCCCUUAUUAAGCAUGAGUCCGGGCUUAAGUCCUCUAGCGGAAUGACAGCGUUGAUGAUGUGUGCAUCACAAGGCCUUAGGCCCUAUGUCAAUCGCCUUUUGAAUAUCGAGACCAAUAUCUUCAAUGGCACGUGGAACGCAAUGACGUAUGCAAUAGCUGCUAACCAUCACGAGAUUAUCGGCCUUUUGGCACCGUUAGAGCUCAACCUCUCAGCAGUGCUUAAGGACUACGACGCCCUCACUGACACAGCCGCUGAGAUUCAGCAGGAACUGGAGGGUGCUGCGUCUAGUGUACGAUCCACAAUAUCUCUUAACUCAGGAUAUACCCCGCUUAUGUUUGCCGCCCAGCAGGCGAACAUAAACGCUGUGUGGGGACUAAGAGACAAGUAUCUUGGUCGCAAAGAUCAGCACGGUUUCACAGCUCUGAUCUAUGCCACUCGUGUCAAGUCCUUAGAAUGCUGCAGGCUUCUGGUUGAUGAGCGAGACAUAUUGUGCAAUCAAGGCCUUUCUGCUUGGUUCUACGCCUAUCAGAACGGAUAUCAUGAGCCACUGGACAUAAUCCGUCCCACGAUAAAAUAUGCUAACACAGAACAUCGGCUGACAGAUCUUCAUAUGCUCAUCCUACGGAAUGAAGUGCCGCUGAGUUCGGUUCAACCAGGAGGUACUGUGUCUUCAUCCUUGACAGCAGACAGCACCGUGCGUUCGAGUUCUGCAAAGUCUUCACUGCACCAUAGAGACCCUCACGAGGGCCUUCAGUCAACUUAUACACCUAACCGCUUCAGACGCAGUCAAGUAACCACCUCAGCCAUUUUGUGUCCUAAGGAGUUAUCAAACACUAGCAAUAUGAUAUCCUUAGAGUCCUCUCUUGUGCUUCCAGAAGACCCACCAACUAAGACGCAGCCAGAUUAUCUACAAGAUGUUUCCACUCUUCUUUAUCUGACAAAGCUGUAUACCAAGUCUGGUGAAACAGCCCUUAUGCUAGCGGCAAAGAGCUACAGAGGUAAGAUGGACAAGAAUCUACUCGCUCUCGAGGCAGGAAUGCGGGAUUCCUAUGGAAGAUUGGCAUCGUGCAUUGCCAUAGAGCGUGGAAACACAGAGUUUCUCACUGAGGUUCUUCCGUAUGAACGGGAUGCUCUGAUUGCAGAUGGAUUCACAGACCUAAUGCUUUCUAUUCUUGAGGAUGAUUAUGUUGCCCUGAUGCACCACCUUAAGAAUCCAGAACAGCAAUGCGGUCAAGUCGUCAUGUCAGCUUACACUGCGCUUAACAUUUGCAUAUACUGUGGCAAGAAUACGCUUAUACCGCUUUUUCUGCCCUACGAAGCCGACAUAGAAAUCCACGACAAGCUUAAGCCGUUGGACCUCGCCUAUGCGACCCGCAACGUCGAGGCCAUACUUCUCUUAAUGCCUUACACAUACACGGGAGGGCGACUGGCACUCUCCCAGUGCCUUUCCAACCUCAUUCGAGCAGCCAUGAAGGAGCAGCGUCUUUCAGAUACAAGAGCAUAUGACCUUCUAGCAGCAUUUCACAGCUCAAACUAUCGCCAGCUCAAGGAGGCUCUUCAGAGUAACGACAUUCAAAGCAUGAAGGCGUUCAAGGAGCUGGCAGAUAGUUUCCAGGCCGUUGCUUUGAAUAUUGAAUACCUUGUUCUCCCAGACGCUGUCUUUGAUGACAAUGGAAACUCUCAACUACACAUCGCUGCCCUGGCUGCAGAUACACGUCUUGCAGCUGCGUUUGUACAUCUGCAUAGUUUGCGCAACAAAAAGGGAGAAACAGCGCUCAUGCUCGCCGCUCGAAGCGGUUCUGAAGCCGUGGUCGACAUCCUUCUAAACUACGAGGCGGAGAUGCAGGACAACAACAAAAUGACGGCAACGGAACAUAGCAUUGUGAGCGGCACAUUCCACAAAGUUCUGAACCUGUAUACACGGGAGAAGGCCUUUCUCGUUAACGAGUGUGAGCUUUCUCCUCUCAUGCUUGCUGUUUUGGAAGGAGACAUUAAAACUGUGAGCGCCGGCCUCAAGUAUGCAAAGCUGCGCACAUCGUCUGGAAUGACUGCUUUGCAUAUGGCUAUCUACCUCCGGCAGCAAGCACACGCCAAUCUCCUCAAGAUGGAGAAAGGAAUCCUCACAUACGAUGGCUUGUCACCGUGGUUCUUAGCUAAAGAGAAGCGCAUGGCACAUGAUUUCUUAGAACCUGACUCCACGGUAGAUGCAUUGGGCUGUACAGAGCUCCAUCGGGCUGCAAUCCAGAACAAUUCGCAACAAGUAAGGAACUACUUACCUCUUGCGCAACAAUAUAAUGCAAAUGGUCGCACCUCUCUUAUGGAAGCGGCUCUUGCCGGUUCACUAGACGCCGCGAAGAUACUCGUCGACCAUGAACACGGAAUGCGGGCAAGGGCCCGUUUCGUUGUGGGCAAUAGCUACUUUGAUGAAGCCACUGCAUUAAUGUUUGCUGCCGCUGCAGGGCAUGAGAGCAUUGUACGGCUUCUGAUCCCCUACGAGUGUAAGAUGCACGAGUCGUGCAACGGAAAGACGGCGCUGAUGGCUGCCGCGGCAGCGGGUCACCUUUCCACCCUUAAACUCCUGAUUGAUAGCGAGGGAGGGCUUACAGGCCAAAAUGGCUGGACCGCGCUGAUGUCUGUAGUCUCUAAGCAGUACGUUGAUUGCGUCGCUCCCCUGUUGGAGAAGGAGGCAGGAAUGCGGGAUUCUCAGGGAAACUGCGCUCUUGUGACAGCAAUAAGCAACGGGAACAUGGACAUCGUACGGGUGUUAGCUCCAAUUGAGGCGAAGAUAAUGGGGAAAUCUACUCUCAUGCGCAUCUGGAAGAGCAACAUAGCAUACGACGAGAUAGUUCGGUAUGUUAACAAGCUACUAUGA